AUGAUUUCAAUGUAUCCAGGCUUGUUUUCAAGCUUUCCUGAAGAUUUAAAAACUGAUUCAAGCAUUAUUCAAGCAAGCUUGCCUUAUAGCUUGGCUCUUGUUCCUGAAAAUGCAAGAACGGAGGAAUUUUAUUUACAGUUAUGGAAUAAGAAGGCAAGAUUGUUUUUCAAAUGGAAAAGAGAACAUCCAAAAAUGGUUCAUGACGUUCUAUUUUCAAUCAAUGCAGAAACUGGAAAAUUAAUUCUGAGGGACCAUGUCACAAAAUAUUCAAAUUUUUUACGUUAUCUCUAUACGAGUCAUUUUGAUGGAAUUUCUAGUAUUGAAGAGGUGAUAUCUCCUUCCCAAGUUGCAGCUCUAGUGAGGAGUUCAAAAACGGGAUAUAUUCGAUCCACUAUUGGCUUUCCACAUAUGUCAAAAGAUGAGGUUGCUAUUGAGCUUGUCAAAAAGAGCGCCCAUACACAUUUUAUGCUAUUGAAUAAUGUGAAUCCAGAUCUUGUGGUUCCUUUGAUUACCAAACAAUUUAUCAUACAUGUCACGUAUACCUAUAAUUGUUAUUUUUCAACUCGCCUGGUACAUUUGCUUUGGGAUAGGGACAUGAUUAUCCUGAAAAAGAUCUUUGAAAGAACUGAGAGAGAGAUUAAAUAA